AUGGGAUUGUCCCGGGUGGCUGCUCUGCCACUGAGGGUCCUGAUGCUCUUUGGGUCGUCCCCAGGGCACGGGAAGUGCAGCUGUGGGGACUGCGUGUGCGACCCGGACUGGACGGGCGACUACUGCAACUGCACGACGCGCACGGACACGUGCAUGUCCGGCAACGGGCUGGUGUGCUCCGGGCACGGCUCCUGCGUCUGCGGCCGCUGCGAGUGCACCCAGCCCGGCUCCUACGGGGACACCUGCGAGAGGUGCCCCACCUGCCCCGACGCCUGCACCAUCAAAAAGGAUUGUGUGGAGUGCAAGAAGUUCGAGCGGGGGAGGCUGGUGGAGGAGCAGACCUGCAGCCGCAUGUGCCGGGACGAGAUCGAGACAGUGCAGGAACUGAGUGACAGGGGCAAGGACGCCGUGAACUGCACCUACAAGGACGAGAACGACUGUGUGAUGAGGUUCCAGUACUACGAGGACUCCAGUGGCAAGUCCAUCCUCUCCGUCAUCGAGGAGCCUGACUGCCCAAAGGGGCCCGACGUCCUGGUGGUCCUGCUCUCGGUGACAGGGGCCAUCCUGCUCAUCGGCCUGGCUGCCCUGCUCAUCUGGAAGCUCCUCAUCACCAUCCACGACCGCCGGGAGUUCGCCCGCUUCGAGGAGGAGAAGGCCAGGGCCAAGUGGGACACGACCCACAACCCUUUAUAUAAAGAGGCCACAUCCACCUUCACCAACAUCACAUACCGGGGGAACAACUAAGGAUGCCACACCCAGCACUGGCCAUGGGAUCAGCCAAGGAUCCAUGGAACCUUAAGGAGUCCAGUUUACAGAAGCCCUUGUGUGUGUGAGCCUGUGUGAACGUGUCUGUGUGUAAUUUAACAACCCCUUGACUGCCUCCAGGCCCUCCAAGUGUUGUCCAUCACCCCACUGUGACUGCAGGGACGUGCUCUCCAGGCAAACCUCGGUCCUUACCUCGCGGGUCGCUCGCGGAGCUGGCGGCCCCUCCAUACACUGGACACAGAGAAAUGGGACUUUCUCUGCCAGUCUGUGAACUCUUUGGUGCUCAUCGGGCCAAGGGGACUUCAGGAGUGGCCACUCAAACCACACUGAGCUGUUUUCUCCUCCACGGCCCGUGCUGGUGAAGCCCUGCCCGUCGGAUCACUGGACUCAGUCCUGCUGGGCACAGGAGCCAUCUCCUCGGGCACAGGGCAGCUGCCAGCAGGCAGGAGCCAUCACUGCUUUGUGGGUUCAGGACACUGCUUCUGAGCAGCCCAGCAGCCCCUUUCCUCCUUGCACCCCCGUGUUCUGGCACUGCUGUGAGCCAAGGUGGUGAGAAGCUGUGCCCUCCCUCACUCCUCCCACGUGCACUCGGUUUGCACCCCCAGCACCUCCAUGUAGCACCAGCUGUGCUGGUCCCAGCCACAGCCUGGCUCAGCCCCUGGGAUGGUGCUGAGCUCCCCGUGUCCCCCCUCACUGUCCCCACGCCACAGCCCACAUGGAUGUGCAGGCAGCAGCCUCGGGAGGCUCAUGAUGCCCCUUAUCCCUCAGGCCUGGCCACCUCUCUCCCCUCUGUGUUUUCUGAGCUGUGUAACUGGACCCUGCCUGGUUUUCUGCACAGCUCAGGGUUCCAGCAGAGCAGGCAGGGCUCAGGCUGUGUCCUGCUGCCUGGGGCUGUGUGUCACCCGUGGGGGAAAACAAAGAGAUGUCCCAGUUUGGCUGUAGCAGUGCUGCUGCCUGGUCCCUGCCCUGCCAGAGCACCGUGGCUCAGUUCCCCACAGCUGCCCCAAAAACCAACAGCAACCUCAGGCCCAGUGUGGGGUUGGCCCCGAGGGCCCCAGCAGAGUGUUGGCUGAGCUGGUGGUGGCCCUGUGUCCCUGUCCCCUGGCUGUCCCAGCAGUGUGGGAGCAGGGGCAGGGUGGGAUCUGGGGCUGAGCCCCAGGGAGGGGGGUGGAUGGGCAGCACCAGAGCGGCAGCAAAUC